AUGGUUGUGGGGCUGAAGUCCUUGACAGCAACUCCCUUCAGAGACUUCAGUGCAUUGUCUAUGCAGCCUCUGGACCUGCCACGAUGCGGUGAGAGACCUAUUUUUGAGGGAGGAGCUCAGCAUUCCAGAAUCAUAGAGGGGGUGGAGGCUGGGUUUGGUGAGUUUCCAUGGAUGGUGAGUAUUCAGUUGGGAAAUGAACAUUUCUGUGGUGGUACAAUCCUGAACAAGUGGUGGAUUCUAACUGCUGCUCAUUGCUUUCAUUAUGAGCAAUUAUCUCCAGCAGACCUGAAUAUUGUGGCCGGAACCAAUGACUUAAUCAGUCCACAUAAAGAAAUCAAGGAGGUCACCAAAAUAAUUCUUCACAAGGAUUUUGAAAAAGUCAACAUGAACAAUGAUGUUGCUUUGCUCCUAUUAGGCUCACCUAUCACCUUCACUGAUGAGAAACUCCCCAUCUGUUUGCCCAGGCAACCCAUCCCCUCCACCUGGCAUGAAUGCUGGGUGGCAGGGUGGGGACAGACCAGCAGUGACAACAAAUACUCUAUGACAACGGAUCUGAUGAAAGUACCAAUGAUCAUCUUGGAUUGGGAAGAAUGUUCAAAGAAGUUUUCAAAACUUACCGAAAAUAUGCUGUGUGCUGGAUACAAGAAUGAGAGCUAUGAUGCUUGUCAGGGUGACAGUGGGGGGCCUCUAGUCUGCACCCCAGGGCCUGGCAAGAAGUGGUACCAGGUUGGCAUCAUCAGCUGGGGAAAGAGCUGUGGACUUAAGAAUGUUCCAGGAAUUUAUACUUUGUUAGCUAACUACGACCUCUGGAUCAAGAAUGUGACUGAGGUGGAAGGAAGGCCCUUUAAUGCUGAGGAAAUGAGAGCCCCUCCCAAACAGAAACAAAUGCGCUCCCAGGCUGCAGAAUUCCCAGAGUCAAGAAGUCCCACAUUCUGGUUCCUGCUCUGCCUUCUGCUCCACAUGAUAUUGUAG